UUCAUUAACAACUUUCUCACCGGAAUCCAACUCGGCGGUGGCGGAUUCUGGUCAGGAUUAACACCGCCUUCGAGUUUAGCCACGGCCGCCACGGCUCUUGCCGGGCUCUUCUUGGUCGUCGCCGCGUACUUCACUUCCACUAGGUAAAAACAAAGAAUAAUCUAAUUCAAGUUACCCUCAAGCCUUAGUAGUAGUUACACAGUCAGAACACUCUAAGCCAAAAAAAAAAAAAUUUAAAGAUUUCUAAGAAUAAAAGUAGUAGAUGAAAGCUCUAAAACGAAGUCACACUACGUCGUCGUCUUCAAAUAACUCGUCACCGUCGUCGUCGUCUUCAUCAUCUUCAUCUUCAUGGGUUCAUUUGCGUUCGGUUCUAUUCGUUGUUACUUCUUCCUCACCAGCUUCUUGUUCUUCUUCUGAUCGGGGUCGCCUCAAGUCACCCUGGUCACGCAGGAAAAGAAAGCAGGCUCUUUCUCCCCAUCAAUGGAGAAGUCUCUUUAUGGCAGAUGGGAAGUUCCGUGAUGGUGGUGUUAAGUUCUUGAAGAAAGUGCGCAGUAGAGGUGUAGAUCCCAGCAUUAGGGCAGAGGUCUGGCCAUUCCUCCUUGGAGUCUAUGAGUUAAACAGUUCCAAAGAGGAAAGAGAGUUUAUAAGAACUCAGAAAAGGAAGGAAUAUGAGAAGCUACGCAGAGAGUGCCGGAGGCUUCUCAAACACAGCAAAGGGGGUUCUAAGUUAAAAAAAAUUAGUGGAACUGGCUACAAUGAAGACAGUGGAAGUGUCAUUCAAGACACAGACACUUCAAGUUCUGAAGAUGUGGUUAGUGCCAGGGAAUCUCUCUCUAGUGAGGAAAGGAAUGCAGAUGCUGAUUACUCGGACGAUCCCUCCAGUGUGUUGUUGGAAAGGGAUGAUAGUUCAACUAGAAUCACAAAUGUUGAUCCCUCCACUCUAAAUUCUGAGUCAUCUGACUCAGACUCCUCUGAAGACCCUGAAGUGAUUCAAGCCUACCCCAGUUCAGAAGGUAGGGAAGUGACUAAUGCUGAUGAGCAGCCUUCAGAAGGGAAUAUAUCUCCUGCAAGAACAGUCCAUUCAAAAGUACCCACAACCGAAGAUUUUGCUACUUGGCAGCGAAUCAUUCGCCUAGAUGCUGUGCGUGCCAAUUCUGAAUGGAUGCCAUAUUCUCCUUCUCAGGCUGCUGUAUCAGAAGGUAGGGCACGCCGCUCUGCUAGUGCUGUUGGUUUAAAGGAUUAUGAUCAUCUGGAGCCCUGUAGAAUUUUCCAUGCUGCACGACUAGUUGCCAUUCUCGAAGCAUAUGCACUUUAUGACCCUGAAAUUGGCUACUGCCAGGGGAUGAGUGAUCUACUUUCUCCUAUAAUUGCUGUGAUAACCGAGGAUCAUGAAGCAUUCUGGUGUUUUGUGGGUUUCAUGAAGAAAGCUCGGCAUAAUUUUAGGCUUGAUGAGGUGGGGAUUCGAAGGCAGCUGAAUAUUGUUUCCAAGAUAAUAAAAUGUAAGGAUUCUCACCUUUACAGGCACUUGGAGAAACUUCAAGCUGAAGACUGCUUUUUUGUUUAUAGGAUGGUGGUAGUAUUGUUUAGAAGGGAAUUGACUUUUGAGCAGACACUUUGCCUCUGGGAGGUCGUAUGGGCAGAUCAGGCAGCCAUUAGGGCUGGGAUUGGAAAAUCCGCAUGGAGUAGGAUAAGGCAACGAGCCCCACCAACAGAUGAUCUGUUGCUCUAUGCAAUUGCAGCUUCAGUUCUGCAGAGAAGGAAGUUGAUCAUAGAGAAAUAUAGCAGUAUGGAUGAGAUAUUAAGGGAGUGCAAUAGCAUGGCUGGGCAACUUGAUGUAUGGAAACUAUUAGAUGAUGCACAUGACUUGGUUGUGACUCUGCACUAUAAGAUAGAGUCAUCUUAUUAAUAACUGCAUAGCUGAAUGCCGGCUUCUUUAUGUGCUUCAGUUCUUUUCUGGAUAUUGGAUUUCUGGGUAUCUCAAGUUUCUUUUUCCACUGCUGGAAAUAAGCGAUGUAUAGGCUAUCAGGAUUGAGUUAUGCCUAUGCUUAUAGCUUUCAGGUGUAAUUCUGUGUUCCUUGAACUAAGUAAUCUUAGGCUCUGGGAAUUUCAAUUCUUUGAAAGAUUACUUAUUUAGAUUUUAUUGGACUCUACUUUACCAUUUUGACAAAAUUGACAAGGAAUAUGAAAUUUAAGUUAUAUGAUUACUAGUUUACCACAGAA